CCCACUUGCUUCCUUCAUAAUAAGCUGAGUGCUGCUCAGAGAGAAGGCAGGAUUUUGUUUGUGCUGGAAUGUGCAGCUUACUUUAGUUUCCCAAGGAGCUAAAACCUUGAAAAGUGAACAGACGGCAAAAUGUGGGUCCAAGUUGAGGACAGUGCAGCUGCAGAGUCUGACGGAGAGAGUGGUUUAUCUUCUGAAGAUGAGGGAGACAUUCAGUAUGAAUUCCUGGAAAAGCAGAGGGAUGAAGCCAAUCAGAGACUGUCUGAAUUGGAGGAAGUCUCCAAUCAGCUCUUGAAAGAGAUUAAUGUCCUGGAGCUCCAGUUCCAAAUUGAACGGUCAUGUAGGGAGAGUGCUGAGGCGCUGGCUGUCAAGGUGACCAAAGAGAACAAAGUCCUGAAGAGGCAGAGCCAGAUGCUGAUGCCGCUCAUCCCCGAGCUGCCUGAAGACCUUACUGCUGUGACCCUUGCCCCAGACACUGACCCCUCAGUCAAUGGUGACGUGGUUGAUGCUGGCGAGGACAGCGGUGGUGAGGAGACACAGCUGCUGCUGGAGAGCCAAGCUAAGAUCGCAGAGCUACAGGCGUCAGUGGAUGGUCUGCUGGCUGAGAAGCUGCAGCUGGAGCAAGAAGUAGAUGAUCUAACCAAACAGCAGGCCCAACUCAGAGAGCAGCUAGCUCUGGAGGUUGAAGAGAAAGAGGCUAUACUGAGGAGAAUGAACAAACAGACCAAGACCAUGAAUAAAAUCAAACGAGUUUCCCAGCUUGUCACAGAGGAGUUCACAGAAAUGUCUCAGAGACUGGAGCUGGAGGAGGGCCUCCGGCAGCACGCUGAAGUCUUUGCCCACCAGAUGUUGGAGCAGCAGAGGGUGGCCCACAGGCAGAGCGUGAUGCUGAUGCAGAGCUCGGAGACCGGCCUGCAGCUGCAGCAGGCGCUGGAACAAAUAACCAACAUCAGCACAACCCUGAGUGAGAUACAACGCUACUACCAGGACCAGGUGCAGGUAAAACAGAGUGCUGCAGAGGAAAGCAGCGUCCUCUCUGAGCUGCAGAGCCUGAGAGAGCAGCUGGAGAAGAGUGAGGUGGAGAGAAAGGCCAUGGAGACUCAGCUGUCUGAGGCUAACAGCACCGUCACACAGCUCCAGGAGGAAGUGAAACAGUUACAAGAAACACUGAACACAAAAGAUGCGACUGAUGAACCAGUGGAGGAAUCCACUCCCGCUCCGCCUCCACCUCCUCCUCCUCCACCGCCUCCUCCUCCUCCACCUCCCACUACUGUCAUCAAUACACUUGAUUUCCUGAGGAGCAGGAGGAAAGAUGGAGUCAAUAGAGGUGGUCCAAACAAACCAUCAUCCUUGUUGGACAUGAAGGCAAAAGCAGUGGAUGAAAUGAUGGAGAGAAUAAAGAAAGGCAUCGUCCUGAGGCCCAUCAAGAAAGUACAGGAGGAUGACAGCACAUGGAAGGACCAGAGUGAAAACAGAAAAUCAGCUGUUGUGGAGCUGAAAGGAAUGCUGGACAACAUCAAACGUCAGCAGCUCCGCAGAGUGCCGUCCAGGAGGGGAUUUGGCCGUAAUGUUGGGGAGGCAGAGCUCCUGCUGGUGCUCCAGAGGAGGAGAAAAGCGAUGGGGGAGAACCAGGACUCGUCCUCCUCAACCCACACACAGGACCCCCAGCCAGGUGCACAGAGUGUCCCAGCAGCGGGAGACGCUCCCUGGGCAGGCGAGAGCAGCAGCGCUCCUGUGCUCCGGAGGCUGAAGCAGAACAGGGAGAAGAGAGAUUCUCGGAUCAGAGCCUCAGCGCUGAUCAUCAGCCACGAAAACUGAGAGAAGUCAGAAUCCUUCACUUUUCACAUUUGAACAUCACUGCAGUUGUCAUUGGUGUUUUAUAUAUUGAUGAGCUGCAGAUGUGUUUUUUGAUUUGUAUGGAUGUUUUUUGUAUUUUUUACUUUGACUUUAAAGGAAUCAAUUAUAUCUUUGCAUUUAAUUGCUACAUGAAACCAUUGCUCCCAUGAUCCCUUACAAUAAAUGUCAGCAAACCA